GCAGGAAGAGGGGUGAGUCCAGGAAGGAGGUGGGAAGAACUGGCAAAGCUCCCCACCACCCCCAUUUUCCAGAUGACGCGACUGAGGCCCAACCAGCUUUGUAGGAGGCGGAGUCUCCCCAGGGUCCCUCUCAGGCAGUCCUAGGGGAAGGGGCUCUGGGAGCCAAGAGGCCCCUCCCUGCCUCUCCAUCUUCCGGCAAAGCUCAGAGGGGCGGGGAGAGAGCCAGAGGAGGAGGAGAGAUUGGGCAGCUCUGCAGAGGGGGGCAGGAGCUCCGGUGUUUGGUACCCCCAGCCCCUCCGCUGUUGCCGCUGCUGCAGUGGGGACACAGGUGAGGUUGGCCUUGUGGGGAGUGGGAGGGGGCCACGAACAGCGUUGUCCUUGCCCUUCCCUGGUCCAUUCCCCACGCCCUUGCCUAUCCUGGGACAGUACCCCGGGAUCCUGGACCUUGUCCUUCCAAAACCUCCAUUCAGGGACUCAGCCCCCUCCCCUGUCUGUGCUGCCUUCACUCCCAGGCCUGGCUGUGGCUGCUUCUCUUCUUCCUCCAACUGCUGCUGCUGCUGCUGCCCAGCGAACACCAUCAGCCCCUCGGGGUGUGGUUUCCCAGACCAGCCCCCUGGAGUGGGAUGCAGUCUUAUCUCGGCCUCCCUCCUCAGCCUCCUGCAAGGCCCAGCGGCCCCGCUUCCUGGAGACACACCCAACUCCCUCUCAGCAUCCCACUCCGAUCUCUGACUCAUUUUGGGGAGCACCCCCUCUUCCUCUUAGUCCUUUUCGAUCCUCUGGGUGCUCUGGGUCUGUGUCUAACUUCCUUCAAAUUGAGCUCCAGUCCCACAGGAUUCCCCAAGCCCCUUUUCUGUCCCUGGAACUCUUAUGAGGAUAGACCAGGCUUUCUCAAACCCCUAGGUACCCCUCUCCUCCUGACACUUCUUAGCCUCUGAAAAAAAUAACCUAGCCCCUUAUCUGUCCUAUCCAAUACCCCACUCCUUUCUCCAGACCCACUAGCGACCCCGCCUCUCCUUCAUUCCUCAGAACUACUUUAAAAUGUAGACACCCACCAGGCUAUUCUUGGCAGCUCUAGACACUCCCAAGACAUCUCUCAGCCUCUUUACAACCUCUUGGCUCUGUGGGCAUUUGUUAGAUGCAUCAACCCUUUUCCUAGGUCCAGGAAGGGACUCCAACCUCCUUAUCUUUUCCCAGAGGUCUUCAGUGUGGACCACCUUCCUCACCUUUCUCAUCCCCCCCCAAAACCCCUGUACAGACACUUUCAGCCUCUAUAAAUACCUCUACCCUUCUGGUCCCAUUUCUACCCUUCUGGAUGCCCCAAUCCUCUCUCCAACUUUGCUAAGUAGUUCUAGUCCCUUCUUCCUUUCCCCAGAACUCCUGAGAAUGUGGACAGCUCCCUAGUGUUUCUUGUCCCCACUAGAUACCCACACACAUCUGUCAGGCACAUGUGGAUCCAUAUCAGUUUCUCUAAAUGCUCCCUCAGAUCCUCUGUCCCCUCUAGACACCCCUUCUCUGCUCCUUUCCAUGUCCCCCACCCCCUUCUCAGUCCCUGAAGACAUCCCCCAGGUUCCUCCCAGACGCUCUAAAUGCCCCCCAAGCUCCUGCCCCUGUCUCUAGUUCCUCCUUCAGGUUCCUCUUGGCAUCUCUAGACAUCCCCAGUUUCCUUGUGUGAGUGCCCCACGUCCCCUCCAAGCCCCCAGCAUCCUGGAGACAGCCACAUUCUCCUAAAGGCCACCACCCCAAGUCUCAGAGGGCCUGGGGUGAGCGGCAGGAUGGCAGCAGGUGUGGCCACGUGGCUGCCUUUUGCGCGGGCUGCCGCAGUGGGCUGGCUGCCUCUGGCCCAGCAGCCGCUGCCCCCAGCACCAGGGGUGAAAGCAUCUCGAGGAGAUGAAGUUCUGGUGGUGAACGUGAGUGGAAGGCGCUUCGAGACCUGGAAGAACACACUGGACCGCUACCCAGACACCCUGCUGGGCAGUUCAGAGAAGGAAUUCUUCUACAAUGCUGAUUCGGGCGAGUACUUCUUCGAUCGCGACCCGGACAUGUUCCGACACGUGCUGAACUUCUACCGCACUGGCCGUCUGCACUGCCCGCGGCAGGAGUGCAUCCAGGCCUUCGAUGACGAACUAGCCUUUUAUGGCCUGGUACCUGAGCUUGUUGGCGACUGCUGCCUGGAAGAGUACCGGGACCGCAAGAAGGAGAAUGCAGAGCGCCUGGCGGAGGAUGAGGAAGCCGAGCAGGCCGCGGACGGGCCAGCAUUGCGGGCCGGCAGCUCCCUUCGCCAGAGGCUUUGGCGGGCCUUCGAGAACCCACAUACGAGCACUGCAGCCCUCGUCUUCUACUACGUGACCGGCUUUUUCAUCGCUGUGUCAGUCAUCGCCAACGUGGUCGAGACCAUCCCGUGUCGCAGCCCCGCGCGUCGGCCUUCGAGGGAACAGCCCUGUGGGGAACGCUUCCCGGUGGCCUUUUUUUGCAUGGACACGGCCUGUGUGCUCAUAUUCACGGGUGAAUAUCUCCUGCGGCUUUUUGCUGCCCCCAGCCGCUGCCGCUUCCUGCGGAGUGUAAUGAGCCUCAUCGAUGUGGUGGCCAUCCUGCCAUACUACAUCGGGCUCUUUGUGCCCAAGAACGAGGAUGUCUCUGGCGCAUUUGUCACCCUUCGUGUGUUCCGGGUGUUCCGCAUCUUCAAGUUCUCCCGGCACUCGCAGGGCUUGCGAAUUCUGGGCUACACACUCAAGAGCUGUGCCUCUGAGCUGGGCUUUCUCCUCUUUUCCCUUACCAUGGCCAUCAUCAUCUUUGCCACUGUCAUGUUUUAUGCUGAGAAGGGCACAAACAAGACCAACUUUACUAGCAUCCCUGCGGCCUUCUGGUAUACCAUUGUCACCAUGACCACACUUGGAUAUGGAGACAUGGUGCCCAGCACCAUUGCUGGCAAGAUUUUUGGAUCCAUCUGCUCACUCAGUGGUGUCUUGGUCAUUGCCCUGCCUGUGCCAGUCAUUGUUUCCAACUUCAGCCGCAUCUACCAUCAGAACCAGCGUGCUGACAAGCGCCGAGCACAGCAGAAGGUGCGUUCAGCAAGGAUCCGGUUGGCAAAGAGUGGUACCACCAACGCCUUCCUGCAGUACAAGCAGAACGGGGGCCUUGAGGACAGUGGCAGUGGGGAAGAACAGGCAGUGUGUGUCAGGAACCGUUCUGCUUUUGAACAACAACAUCACCACUUGCUGCACUGUCUAGAGAAGACAACGUGCCAUGAGUUCACAGACGAGUUAACCUUCAAUGAAGCCCUGGGUGCUGUCUCACUGGGUGGCCGCACCAGCCGCAGCACCUCUGUGUCCUCCCAGCCUGUAGGUCCUGGAAGCCUGCUAUCCUCUUGCUGCCCCCGCAGGGCCAAGCGCCGUGCCAUUCGCCUUGCCAACUCCACUGCCUCGGUAAGCCGUGGCAGCAUGCAGGAGUUGGACACUCUGGCAGGGCUGCGGAGGAGUCCUGCCUCUCAGAGCCGCUCAAGCCUCAAUGCCAAGCCCCAUGACAGCCUUGACCUGAACUGCGACAGCCGGGACUUCGUGGCUGCCAUCAUCAGUAUCCCUACCCCUCCUGCCAACACCCCAGAUGAGAGCCAGCCUUCUUCUCCUGGUGGCGGUGGUGGUGGCGGGGCCAGCAGCAACCUUAGGAACUCCAGCCUGGGUACCCCUUGCUUCCUCCCUGAGACUGUCAGCAUCUCUUCCUUGUGAGGGGUGGGCCUGCCCAUCCAGAGGGCCCACUUGAUUUCUGGGGACUCCUUUCCAAAGCCAUAUUUGGGGAGACAAACAGGGCAGGCUUGGGGGACCCUUCUUCCCGCAACUGAGAACUAUGCAAUGGAGUUUCAUGGAAUGGCCCACUUUGUGGGGAUGUAGUCAGGGAAUGGGACACUCCCCACACCCAUUUUCCUGGUGGGAGCUGAAUCGUUGGGCUUCCUCAGGCCCUGGCCUCUUCGCCGCAGCACACUGGGACCAGACUCUCUCCCUGAGUUGGCCUCCUGCAUGCUCCUCCCCUUGGGCCCUCAGGCUCCCGGGCUCCCACCUGACCUCUGAGCUCUGGCCUGAGAAGAAGAGGUGAGAUUUCCUUUUCUCUCUAUCCGGACUGUGGAGGUUUGGGGGUUCAGGGAUGAGAACCAUCACCUCUGCUCUGGCCCCUCAGAGAGAUCCCCACCCUUCACUGGGCCCAAUAACACCUAAAUUCCAAGCUUGGAAUGCUACCACAGGCUUCAAGGGCUGUGGCCUCAGCAGUGACCUUCCACCCCCAGGCUGUGGCUCAAAAGUGAAGCUGCCUCUCCCAACACACACACAGAUAGCACAAACAUUACCCCUCUUCCCUAGCUGCUGGGAAUGGGUCCUUGCAACCCCACCCUCUGCUGGGCCCCCAGCAAACUCUAGCAAUAGCAGCUGCUGCCAUGACAUUAUGCAAAGCCUCUGCCCAGUUUGCUGCAGCAUUUACAUCUGCCCUAAUCACAGGGGCCACCUCUAAUACUCCUCCUCUUUCCUCUGGUUUGUUUCCUUCCUGGGUUGGGCUGGAGUCUGGACUGGCUGAGAUAAGCACCUGGCAACCAGCAAGGGCUGGGCUGGGUUUGGAGAUCAGGAGCUGAUUCUGUGUUCUUGGGCAGGAGUCCAGAAGCCUCAGGGGCUGAGGCUUGGGUUGUUAUUGAACUCUGGGAGUUGUAGGAGGCAGGGAGAAUUUCUUUAUCUUCUCCUCCCCCACAACAUCUUUUCACAUAUUCCUCUCUCUUCUUCUUGGGUCACCUUCUGGAACUCUGUUUUUGCACUCAGGCUGAUAUCUGGCAUCAUCUCAGGUUCCCUGUCCCCAGCACUGUCCCUGUGGAACUGGUGGCUGACAAAGAUGUGGUUUCCAUCAGUCAAUAAAACCUGA